CAUUGUCAUCACCACCAUUGCUGAACAAGCGAUACGUUGCGGUAUGCCUUACGUUAACUCGCGUUGGUUAGGUGGUAUGCUUACCAACUUCAAAACAAUUAAAGCUUCCGUAAAAAAACUUCAAGACAUGGAUGCCGCCAUUGAAAAUGGCGAUUUGGACAAAAUGACCAAAAAAGAAGGGCUUUUAUUUCAACGUGAACGUGCUAAACUCGAAAAAUCGAUUGGUGGCAUCAAAAACAUGGCGCAUUUGCCCGAUGCCUUGUUUGUGGUUGAUGUUGGGUACCACAAAAUCGCUUUAAUCGAAGCCCAAAAACUUGGUAUUCCCGUUAUUGGCGUGGUUGACACGAACCACUCUCCUGAGGGUGUUGAUUACAUCAUUCCCGGAAAUGAUGAUGCUAGUAAAGCGGUAGAGUUGUAUACAACAGCUAUGGCCGAUGCCAUUUUACAGGGUAAAGAAAAAGCAACCACCUCUGUCGUUGAAGCAAUUCGUGCUGAAGACGGCUCAGAAGAAGCUUUUAAUACAAAUGGCAGCUAUUACAGCAGCAAUGGUGAGUUACGUGCCAAAACCGAUGCCCCAAUGAUGGAAUGCAAAAAAGCUUUAGUUGAAGCUGAUGGCGAUAUUGCAAAAGCGGAAGAAAUUUUGCGGGUUCGUUUGGGAAACAAAGCUAGUAAAGCUUCGGAUCGUAUUACGGCUGAAGGUAUUAUUGCCGUAGCCGUUGAUGGUGGCACAGCAUCGAUGGUAGAAGUUAACUGUGAAACCGACUUUGUUUCAAAAAAUGAUGAUUUUUUAAAAUUUGCUAACGAUGUCGCUAAUUUAGUCGUCAAAAACAACCCCGCGGAUGUCGCAAGCCUUUCUGAACUCAAAAUCGGUAACGAUACCGUUGAAGCUGUUCGCACCGCGUUAGUCGGUAAAAUUGGUGAAAAUAUUAGUAUUCGCCGCUUUAGCCGUUUCGAAACCCCUAAUAAGUUAGCAUCGUAUAUUCACAAUGGCCGAAUUGGUGUUUUGGUUGAGUAUAGUGGUGAUGACAAUGCUGGAAAAGACACAGCUUUACACAUCGCAGCAAUGAAACCUGUUGCCUUAUCAAGCAACGAGGUUGACGAGCAA